UCAACACAUUUUGCGAAUUCACAGGAGUUUGCUGUUCUUCUCAGACUUGACCUGUCAUUUUGCUGAAUUGCCCAUACUCUGCCACUGAACCCUACAUCAGCAGAGCCCAUGGUGUGCCCAUCCCCACUUAAGUUCAUCGGUGAGCUUGAACCAGAAGCUAAGGCUCUCCUGGAAGCAGCUCUGAUGGAAGCCAACAGGGAGAGGGAGAAGAAAAUCCUGAAUGGCACAAAGUACUCCCUGCCAUCCCCUUUGCCUGGUGAUGACAGUGCCGAUGACGAUGCAUGCUCAGAGGUGAGCGACAUGGAGCUCUGCUGCAUCUGCUUCGACCAAGCUUGCACCAUUGAGGUCGCUGCCGUCACCGCCAUUGCCAGCGUCGUAUCUGCCGCCGUUGGCGCCGGCGCUGCCGCCACUAUCAACUAGGGUUAGGGAUUGGGG